UCUGCAGUGAGGUUUGGAACCUGCAUCACUUGGCCCACAAGAGAGGGACAUUGAGAUCUAGAGAGAGCUUACUAUAAAAUUUGCUCAUUUUUGUUUAGUUGUAGUCUCUCCUCCCCAUGGUGUCGGCUCCGGCGGGGCUGGGGAUGGCGGCGGCGCCAGAAGUGAAGGUGUACUAUGGAAAGCCGAUUCAACUCGACGUGUCGAGGGUGCUCGCGUGCCUCUACGAGAAGGACGUCAAGUUCAAACCCAUCGAUACGUUCCAGGGCAAGCCUAUGCCCGCCGACCUGAUCAAGCUUCAGGCGUCGACGAGAUCUCAAGUCAUCGGUUUCGAAGAUGGGCCCAUAUUUCUGCACGAUUCCCGAGCAAUAUGUCGCUACGUUGCUGAAAAGUACGCAGAUCGUGGGAAUAAAUACCUGCUGGGAAGAGAUCUGCUGGAGAGGGCUUCAAUCGAACAGUGGCUCAAGUUGGAGGAGCAGAGCUUCAACCCACCGAGCUGGGAACUCAUCUUGUACAUCGCCUUCGGUCCCCAUAUAAGCAACAGCGCGCCCGAUCGAGCUCUGAUUACACAGAGCGAGCGGAAGCUGGCCAAGGUGCUCGACAUUUACGAGCAAAGGCUGAGUCAGAGUAGAUAUCUGGCCGGCGACGAAUUCACCCUAGCAGAUCUCAAUCACCUCCCCAACUCUUACUACCUCGCCACUACUGGUUAUAGGGAUUACCUUUUUGACGAGAGGACGAACGUCAAGAGGUGGUUUGAAGAUAUCUCCGAUCGGCAGUCAUGGACUAAGGUGGUGGAGUUAAUGACUGAAGAGACUGGACUGAAAGUGCAUAAGGAGCCCACUGCUAUCGAAAAAGAUGCUUCCAAACCCCGGAAGCCCUCUAUUGAAGUAAAGAAGGAUGUGGCUUCCAGACAAAAGCCUGAGAAGGUCUUUUUAGUUCCACCUCCGACCAGUUUGGUCAGUUUGGUUUCUCCACCAGCUGAAAGUGUCGAGCCUCGAUCUGAUACUCCUCAAGAUGUUGCUCCCACCACUCCAGAAAAGGUGCCCACAUUUGAACAAGCCACCAAAGUAGUUCCUCCGAUUAAAGAAACAGCCACCGCUCGUGAAGCUAGCGCACAACCAGCCUUAGAAGCUCCGACCACCCCUCGAGCAGCUAAACCUUCUACACAGCCUCCACCUACUACAUCAGCUGUAAGUGCCAAGCCUCGAUAUGACACUCCUCCAGAUGUUGCUCCCACCACUCCAGAAAAGGCCGCUACAUCCAAACAACCCCCCGACAUAGCUCCUCCGACUAAAGAAACAGUCACCACUCGUGAAGUUAGUACACAGCCAGCUUUAGAAGCUCCGACCCCUCGAGCAGCUAAACCUUCCACACAGCCUCCACCUCCUACUCCACCAACUGAAAGUGCCGGGCCUCGAUAUGAUACUCCUCAAGAUGUUGCUCCCACCACUCCAGAAAAGGUCGCUACAUCCAAACAACCCCCCGACGUAGCUCCUCCGACUAAAGAAACAGCCACCACUCGUGAAGCUAGCACACAGCCAGCUUUGGGAGCUCAGACCCCUCAAGCAGCCAAAGCUUCUACACAGCCUUCACCUACUACUCAACCAACCGAGCAAGUGCCUACUUUUCCUCAAGUUCAAGCGGCAAAGGAAGCUACUCGUACAACUCAGAGCGAACUCGAAGGUGCUACAAGCCAGCAACAAAAUGUUACCGAACAGUUCCCAUCUCGUCCACUUGCUUCCCAAACAGCAACUCAGCCACCUAAAUCAAUUUCUACAACUAAGCCGGCCGGUCCAACUGCUCGUAUUGAACAGGCGGGAGCUCAACAAGAAGCAGCGGCCAAGAAGAUCACUGGCCAAACUUCUGAAAAGUCACAGCUUGCUGAUAAGAUCACCGGCCAAGAAGUUGAAGAAGCUGCUGCUCAAUCCAAAAAGUCAGCCGCAACAACUGAUAAGUCAACCACGGAAACGACCAGUUCUUCUCAGACAGCCAUGAGAACAAAGUCUAGUGACAAUACCGCCACUGAACAAGUUCAAGCCCAAGAGAAGUCUACACCGUCACUAAUACCAAGUGAUCUGAUGGUCAAUAGAGAAGCUGCUGAUCAAUCCAAAAAAUCAGUCUCCACAACUGAAAAGUCAUUCAUGGAAAAAAAUAGUUAUUCUCAGACGGGCGUGAGAAGAGAAUCUACCGAUAAUACCAUCACUAACAAGUCAACCACGAAGACAGCCACUUCUUCUCAGAUGGCCACGAGAACUGAGACUACCGACAAGACCACCACUGAACAAGCUCAAUCUCAAGAGAGGCAGCGAAGAGAUCAGAUGGACAGCAAAACAGCUCCACAAGCGCCUGACGAUUCUAAAGAACCAGCCUCAUCAGAUACUCAAUCAAGCACUCAAACUACCAACAAUUCCAAGCGCGGUACGGCAGCAUUGACUAACGGAAAAACGGCAACUGAAACAAUUCAAACUUCGUCACUCUCGAAUGGUGAGCUAAGUAGUUACAAAACCUCAACUUCUGAAACGUCCAAAGAAUCAUUGUCUACUGAGAAGGCUCACUCUCAAGAAGCUCAAAAAGCUGAAAAAUCUAUCACCCAAUCUGCAGAACCAGCCUCAUCAACUGGUAAGUCAAGCCCGGAAACAAGAACCCCUUCUAAAAGGCAAGGUCAAACACCGUCUAUCUCUGAGACCACUGGUACUCGUACCCAAUCUGGAGUUGCUCAUACUUCUGAGUCUACGCAAUCACCAAACUCCGGCAAUUUUGGAGCUAAAACAGAUACUUCUAUCGACUCGAAUAGCAAGUCAGAUUCACCCCUUCAGUCUUGAGGCUAAUCAUUUUCUACUCAAUUACAGUGAAAAUUCACUCAGCCAAGUCAUAAUCCUUGAAUGGUGCCCAGCCUUAAGCAACUUCAUCUAAAGCGAGAAUUCUAAUCCCAUGCAUUGCCAUCCAUACAUCAGAUCCUCCAACCUUUUAGCCAUGUCCUUCAUCUUGCCAGCCUAAAUAAGGUCCAGCCAUUGUGUUGUGUUUGGGCCAAAUGAGUUUCUUCUAUUACGGUUGUAAUACUCGUAUUUGCUUUUAGAAUUCCAUGUUUUUGCUGCUGCUAAAUUUCACUGAACUAUGAUGGUUUAAUUGUUUAAGCGUGUACAUGAAACAUACAGAAUGUUGUACUUUAUUUUGUGGAUGUAGAAGAAGUAUGGUUUGCUA